GCGGCAGGACCGCAAGCGACGACGGCAGCAGCAGCGACGAGGGCGGCGGCGCGCGCGCCCGCAUGCCCGCGGCCGCCGUGCGGCUGCGGCGGUACGAGGAGCUGCGGGCGGCGUUCGACGCGUCCGAGGUUGCGCCCGGCGAUGCGGUCCUGGUCGACGAGGCGGGGCGGCCCAUCGCAGCCCUGGGGCGCCUGGCGCCGGCCGAGCGCUAUCCAGUGCUCGCCAACGCCUCCUGGCGCGGCGGCGGCGGCGGGGAAAGAUCGCCCGGGGAGCCGCGGCAAGACGCGCCGGGGAGCGCCGGGCGGCGGCAGCAGCGGUCGGUCAUAAAGGGGGCGCGUGGCGGGAAGCUUCUGCCGGGGGAGAAGGCGCGGCUGCGGCGCGAGAAGAUAGAGUCGAAGCGCGCGGCGCGCGGCGCGGCAGGCGGCGGCUUUGACGCAGCGGAAGUUGUGGAGGCGCUGGCCGAGUUUGUGGCGGAGGGGCGCGACAUGGCGGCGCUCGACCCUACCAGCAAGCACGGGCUG